AUGGGACCAGAUGGGGAUCAUGCAGACAUUGAAACAAUCCCAGACCUAAGUGAUUUAGAACUACCAAAAACAGUCGUCAUUGAUAAUAACGAGGAACUUUCUGUUGUCGUUUUCGACAUUGAAACCACUGGAUUUGGAUACGAUUCCGAGAAAGUUCAACUGCCGGCAGUUUGUGACAAAGGAGAGUUUGAUAAAUACAUUAUACCAACAAAACCUAUUCACCCAAAAGCCACCAAAGUCACCCAUCUUUUUAGUACAGGAACGCGUCUGUAUUAUAAAGGUCAGCAACUGAAGACAGAGCUGAAGGAGAAUGUGAUUAACAGUUUUAUUGAUUGGCUUCCUAAAAAUGCAUUACUGGUUGCACAUAAUUGCAAACAGUUUGAUGCAAAAAUUCUUGUAUCACAGAUGCAGCCUUUAGCUUCAACAUUUUUGGAAAACCUGAAAGACCACAUGUUAGGAUUUUCAGACACACUACCAUUAUUUCGUGUUAAAUUCCCGAAAAGAAAGUCAUACUCUCAGAGCUCUCUUGCCAAAGACAUACUUAAAACAACAUACAAUGCCCACAAUGCGCUUGAUGAUGUAAAAAUAUUAAAGCAAUUGAUAGAAGUAGACAUUACAAAAGAACAACUAAUUGAGAAUAGUUUCGAGGUUAAUGAAAUAGAACGUCAAUUGCAGAUGUUUAAUGCAAAGAAACACUUACUUGUCUCUUAUAAUGGGGUUAUAAGGGAAAAGGAAAUGAAAGACAACUGA